GGGGGGUGGGGGGCGGCUCGGCGGCGGGUCUGCGGGCCGGGCGGGCCCCAUGGGCGGGUGUGUGGGCUCCCACCACGACUCCUCGGGCAGCCUCAACGAGAACUCGGACGGCACUGGAGUUGCUCUUGGUCGUAACCAGCCCUUGAAAAAAGAGAAACCCAAAUGGAAGAGUGAUUACCCCAUGACAGACGGACAGCUGCGCAGCAAGAGGGACGAGUUCUGGGACACCGCCCCAGCUUUCGAAGGGCGCAAGGAGAUUUGGGAUGCCCUCAAGGCUGCUGCACAUGCUUUUGAGAGCAACGAUCACGAACUGGCACAAGCCAUCGUUGAUGGUGCAAACAUAACACUACCACAUGGUGCUCUUACAGAGUGUUACGAUGAACUGGGAAACCGGUACCAGCUUCCAGUCUACUGCCUUGCCCCACCUAUCAACAUGAUAGAGGAGAAGGGCGACCUGGAGACUUUGGAUAUUCCUGAUCCCCCACCCAAUUCAGGGCACGAAUGCCAGCUUCGUUUGCGCCUGUCCACGGGCAAAGACCUCAAACUCAUAGUCCGCAGCAUGGACACAGUCUACCACAUGAAGAGGAGGCUGCAUGCGGUGGAGGGUGUGGAGCCAGGCAGCCAGCGCUGGUUCUUCUCGGGCAGGCCACUGGCAGACAAAAUGAAACUGGAAGAGCUGAAAAUCCCAAAGGACUACGUGGUGCAAGUCAUCGUGAGCCAGCCCUUAGCAAAUCCCACCCCGGUGGACAACUGAUUUCUGCUUGCUCAUUGAUUCUUUCCUCCGUCUCUGUCAUGGGAUUUGUUUUCACUGCCCUCUCUUCUUUUGGUUUGUCCUGAUAAUGGAUUGGCUCCAAGAAGUGACCAGCAAAAAUUCCAUCUGUGAUGGAGAUCUGCAAAAACAAAACAUAAAAAUGUAAACUGGCUUUGCCUGAUCUUGUAUUUAACACAACUGCAAGAAGCACAGGGCAACGGCAAAGGAAGGAGCAGGAAGGGAAAAGAGUGGAGGUGCAAAGAGGGAGGGAAGAGAUUGUCAUUCACUCAAACAAUACAAACACAUCAUGAUUCUUACAGCUGUAGGUGGUGUCCUGAUCCAUGGAGCCAGAGCAACAGAAAGCACUUUUACUAAAAGUGAGAGAACCUAAUCAAUUUAUGAAGGUCAUAUCAGCACCACAUACAGUUCAUGCAGGGAUCGCAGCUGCUGUGGGUGGGUCCUGCUCUGCCUGUUUGCAGGGAUCCUCUCUGCUUUGACCGAACUCAAGUGCUUUGCUCAGGCACAGCCAGCCCCAGGCAGCCGAGCUGCGCUGGGAGCUUGGCCUUCGUCCCACAUGGAUGGCUCCUGGUGAUGCUCAGACCAAGCAAUUGUACAUUCCAAGAUGGCAAUGCAGUCCUGUGCCAUUCCUGGCUCACAGGCUGGGCAUGCUGCCCGCUGGAGCCUUAGGCAAUAACUUAGUCCAUGUAUACUCUCACGUACUGUACUGUAAAUUUACUUACUGCAAGACUGACUUAGCCUGAUGUUUACAGGCUGCUGGGCACCUCAGUAGGUGUCUGCUGAAUUACUGUGCAUCACUCAGAUGAUUAAGGCAAGCUUCGAUCAGGCUACCUGCCCCGAGUGGUGUGCUGGUCUGUGCUCAAGCAUUGGGUGCAUCACCUCUGUCACACGGCACCAGUGUAGUAGGUGCAGGUUACACUGCAAUUACACCCACGUGCAAGGAUUUGCAACUCUCUGCUCAGUUCCUAGAGAGGACAUGACAGCACACAGUUUUCAGCUUGUUGUCUGAGUGCCAUUUGAAGCACUGGUGCACCAUUCUAGCUCUGGUGACUCUCCAGCCCAGGUGACUGGAGGUAUCCUCACCAACAUGCCCAGAGCACAAUGCUGUUUCGCAGCCAGUGCUUUCCCUUCAGAGUGUAAGAGCAGCGCUUUCAGCACACGACAAAUCCUUUUGUAGUCCUACAAAUCAAACUGAAACACAUUUUUGGGGGGAGAUGUGAAACCUCAUUGCUUACUCCCUCAGAUGGAGAUGCUCUUCAUCCUUGUCUGGCAAUGCCUCUGGCUGAGAUCAAACACCCUGUUCCUUUUUAAAGGUGACUUUUAGUUUGCUUGUUUUUUCAGCCAGCAUUGAAAUGACUUAACUACAUCUUCCAAAGUCCAGUGUGCUAUUCAGGUAUGAAUAGUGUGGGUCUUUUUGGGUUUCUGCCUUCCUUCUCUGAUCAGUGGUCUAAAGCUGCAGUUGUCCCAGCUCUUUCUCGUCUGCUAGUGAAACUGGUGGGUUACACUGACAAUUUCCAACUUGUUGCUUUUGCUCUUUCAUUAAUUCUCUAGAACUCAGUUUCUCAGACUCAAAGGGGGCUCUUGAUUCCCAAGCAUCAGCACAGAGCCAGAAUGAGCAGAGGUCACUUGUUCAUCAUGAGCCUUUCCCAGCAGAUGGAAGCAGGCACAGAACUUAUGUUGAGAGUUGGAAAACAGAUCCACAUCUUAUGUAUUUUCCACCUUGCCCCAAAUACACACAGUUUGCUUUCUGGUCCCCGUGUAGUAUUAAGCCUGUGGUUUACUGACAGCUCCUUUAGCCCUGAUUUGAUACAGGAUGACUGAAGUGCAGUGGCAGAGCUAUGUAAAGAAAAUUUAGUUCCUUGUCCUCAUAAACACCAAAGUGACCUGAUUUUCUUUUUUCUUUUUUUUUUUUUGUCUUUUCUUUUUUUCCUUUAUAAAGAUGAAAUCAAAGCUGAUAAAUACUAAUCUCUAACAAAGGUUUUCUAUUGUGGAGUGGUUUUAAAGACAAAUAUGAUUUACUAUACUGGGUUUUUGCAAACAGAUCUUUUGCAUUCCAGAGAGGAAACAAAUAUUUGAUAUAUCAACAGCUCAAACAUCCCUUGGAUUUUCACUGGGCAAGGGAUGGUUUCAUGCCAGAGAUGCUUCUUGUCUCAUAAGGUAUAGCUUACAUCUCUCUCUGAAUCUUUUUAUGAUGUCAUUUCUCUCCUGUCCCUUCUGGAAGGGGCGGGAAAUUGUGAUAAAGGAGAAGCAAACCAGGAUGAGAAUUCUGUGAGCACUAAAACACUACUCUUAACCUUUUUAUUUUUCUUUGCUUGACCAAAAAGAGAAAGCUGUCACAGGUACUGGUUUUGAGAUGAUGACACGUAGGGUCUGGGAGAGCUGCUGCUUUUGCUAUUUCCCAGUUAGGUGGAAAACAUUGUUUUAUUGUGCCAUGAUGGAUGACCAUGGAUUAUAUUAAUUGCUUUUAAGUUGAGGAGCAAGGUGAUUAACUGAAAGCCCCAUCGUGAGUGGGCUUUGUGUAGAAGAGAGAAUUGGUUGAUGAAGAAUACUCUUAACAACCUCUCCCCCUCCCCUAUCCCUUACGUACAUAUCUAAACUGAAAUGGCAAAUUGUUUUUUAGAUGAAAGGAAAGACUCUUCAAACUUUUCAACUUCUCCUGUAUAAAUGACAGAUGUACUAAGCAUGUGCUCUGCUGGAAACGAAUUUUACAUCAUCUGUGUUAGGAAAGAAUUUUAAGUUUCCCAAAAGAUAUAUAUAUUUAAAAUAUUGAUAAGAAAGGCAUCCAGCUUGUUGGCUAACAUAGCCCAUGUAUAUGGCUGCAAUACACCUUCAGAGAACAGUCAUUUCUCUCUGAAGUGCCAUGUCUUUGUCCUGAGAGGUGGUCUUUGGUGCAGGUGCUAGUGCAGGGGACUGGGAUGGAGCUCCUGGGGCAGAACAGGACUCCCUGCGUAGCUGGAAGAGGGAGGGGAGGCAGAGUGGGCAUGGCUGAGGUGAGACUAACCCAGUACUAAAUAUCUGCUUAGCUGGCAGUGCUGGUGAGGAGGACUGAUGCAGAUCUGCACAAUGGGCACCAGUGGCUGCUCACGGGGAGGAUGAAACACGCUGGUGUGUGCAUCUUUAUUUUGCAGUGUGAGUGUGUGCUGAGCUUGCAGCUCAACGCUGCUGGUGGUGUGGCAUGGCCUGGGCUGGGUUGUGAACGUGCCGCUUCGGGUGCUGCCUUGCACCCUCUGGUGUUUUGGGUAUAAUUGAAGCAGUGUAAUAGGUUUUUAACACGUGCAGCCAUGAACUGCAAUGCCAGGUACAGGCAAGUGAGGAGGUUUUGUUAGUUAGAUCCACCAGCCUCGUGUGUUGUUCCUGAUUAGCUCUGGCUAUGAACUUACUCCUAACGUCCUUGACCUUGUUACUGACAGGUCUGUGUGAUGUGAUUUAGAUUUUUAUACUCUUUUAUUUCGCUUCUGCCUGACCCAGAAGUAAUAACCUAGUGAAAGUCUGUGCUCCUGAGCAUCUUGAAGGGUGGAGAAGUGUGCACACAUGCAGUCUAUUGGGGCAAGGGAGCUCCAGAAAUCUGGAAGUGUGCUACAGAAGGAUGCUCAGGGUCGUCUUCCACAGCCAAGUGACAGCUGCUUCUUCAGAGUGUCCAGCUCCCAGAAGUUUCACUGACUACCUUGGCUCUUUGCACAUCACAGUUUAUUGGUGUCCUCAGCAGAAAACACAGCUCGGAAUAGCUGCACUGUGAGAACAUUUUAAUAGUUUUCUCAAAGCCUUCGCUUCUCUGCAUUUGGGAAAAGUAAAGGAUCUGAGUUAGCAGUGUAAUAAGCUGGGGGGGGGGUUAAUAGACACCCCAGUGCUACAGAUAGUAGUAACAACAAAAACCUCAGCCCAGGAGCAACCAAACAAAACCCAGCUCUGCUUUGCCUUUCACAGCAAGUUCCUAAGUUGUUCUGGGAGGAGAGGAAGAGAGGCUUAUUGGAGCAAUGAAGCAACACAUGGCAACGUGCGUAACCUUUGGAUAAAAUAUUGCUGUAGUGUGACAUGCUUCUGCGUAUCUAUCCAUUGCUAGGAAAUGGUGUAAAAACUUCUUUAUAUGAAAAAAGAAAGAAAAGAAGUCUUUGUUACAGAGGGGGGAUGCUUUUAGCUGUGUUUUGAAAGCAUUUUCACUAUGUAAGUGUUGACAAAAUGAAUGCUGUACAUUUCUCUGUUUCUGUCCACUUCAGAAGCAUCAGUGGUAGCUACAUUUCUGACUCUUGAUCUAUAUUCCUAUGUCACUGUACAUAUACAAGACCCUGCACCUUAUGCAGAGAAUGUUUACAUUUCCUUUUUUUAAGAAAAGGAAAAAAAAAAGGGUUGUGUUGACUCUCUUCACUGCACUGCUCAGAUCCUCUUACAUCGAAAUGAAAGUAGUCUCUGUUAGAAAAAAGGGGAGGGUUUGAUUUUUGCCCUUCACCGCUUCCUCCAUAAAUCUAACUCCCUCCUGGAUGAUGGCUGGCAGCUCUUGGACAGCUUGAGCUCUCCUGGAGUUAGGAUACAGAGGUAUUUGAGAAAGGCAGCUUUGAAACUUGUUUUGUUGGGGUGGGGGAAGAUCUUCAUAUGCUUUGCAACUUCCUUGAGGAGGUCAAAAAAAAAGGAAAGCUUCUUCAAACCCACUCGAUGUUGGUGGUCUGCCUUGCAAGGUAACUGAUCUAGGAAGCCUUGGAGUUAACCUUGCCAGCAGCCAUGCUUCUGUCUUCUCCCAAAGAAGAUGAAUGUCCUGCUAUUGUAUCUGCAGCUACAAACACUUCUGUUGGUUAAUGACUGUAUAUACAAGUCUGCCUGCUUUAAGACUUCCCUUUCCAUAAAGUGUUUUUGAUUGCCCUGUUCUGCAAAUGGCUCUCCUCUUCCAUACUUCAUCUGCUUAGAUACUCUGUAGCUGCGUGUGUGUUGCUCUUGUUCAUAGGAGAUGGAGCUAUAGCUUUCCUUCCCAGGGAGAUAACAUGCCACUGAGCCUACAAAAGUUAAAGAGUUGGAAGAUUAAAUGUUUUAACCAGCAGGCUUCUUAACGUGGACUUUGAGACUUCUCAUAAAUGUGUCCACUGAACUCUCCGUGAAUAAGUAUGUUCCUGCCCUCUGUGCAGGACGUUUGUUGGGUAUUUAUCCAGUAUAGAACUCUGUAUUUGUAUAUUUUACAGAUGAAGACCAUUUGAUCAGAGCCAUGGGGCAAAUAGAGAACUUAAAAUCCUGACUCCUGCCUUAAAACAUUUAGUUCAUCUUGAGCUCCAAAAAUUCUGCACCUGCUCAUUCUCAAGUCCCUUUCUUCUUUGGGGAAAUUUGAAUCCAGUGAAAGGCUGGAGACAAUUUAAGGAAAUUUAAAACAAAUUAAAGUUUAACUGAUGGCUUUAUUAAAGUAACUAACUGGUCUUGUAUUAAAAAUCCUAUUUGUGCCUCUCUUUAAGUCCAGGGAAUGUUUAAAAAGUAGAGGUGGCUUUCGAGCAAUGAUUGAAAUGACUGCAUUAGGUGGUGAUUUGCAAGACACUUGCUUUCAUGUGCUCUGAGCAAGAGACUUCAGUUUGUGUCCUCUCUGCCUCAUGGUAAUGGCUUUCAAAGAUGGCUGGUACCAUCAAAUUUGUACUUCUUGAAUAAAUAUCUUCAUUUUUAUGGUAAA